AAAGGGCGUUCAGCAUUUUACCUACGACGACUAAUUUAGCAUGUAUUAUAUCUUUAUUUUAGCUGCCUACCUCUAAAUACCUAGUCCUGUGAACAGCUCUCAGCAUGGCUACUCCAAUCCAAAAGAAUCUUGUUGAGAAAAACGCCAAAUAUGCUAGCAAUUUUACCAAAGGGGACCUCGCUCUUCCACCAGCCAAGCAGUAUUUGAUCCUAACUUGCAUGGACGCUCGGAUUGAUCCAGCAGCCGCCUUUGGCAUCGACCUAGGUGAUGCGCACGUUAUCCGUAACGCUGGUGGCAGCGCAAAAGACGCACAGCGAUCCAUCAUUAUAUCAGAGCAACUACUUGGGACGAAAGAGAUUGUGUUAAUCAAGCACACCGGAUGCGGCAUGCUAACUUUCUCCAACGAGGAUGCUCACGGUCUCGUGCAGAAGAACCUAGGGCAUAGUGCGGUGGCCGAGAUUGCUACGUUAGAUUUCCUACCAUUUCAAGACUUAGAAAAGGCAGUUAAGGAAGACGUCAAUUACUUGAAGAGAAGUGCCACGGUUCCCGAUCACGUGGCAAUUAGUGGUUGGAUUUACGAAGUUGAGACAGGGAAAGCGAGGCAGGUUGUAUAACUACCUAGAUGACGUUGCCCUAAUCACUAUCUAUUUUUUAUGCAUAAAAAAACAUGUUCUUUUUCCUCGCCUUCGUCGAUAUGCCCGCCUUCGUCAAUAUGCUUGCGUUCGUCAAUAUGCUCGCGUUCACGCAUCAUUGCCCUCGCCGCAUCUUCGCGUUUUC